UCAAUCUCUACGCUUCUCUCUCCGCAAUUACUCCUUGAGAGCACUUCUCUCUAGAAUAUUGAGUAUUGCUGACUUGAGCGUCGGAGUGUUUUCCCCGAGGAAACAACCUCGGGAUUUUCAGGUGUAGAAGCAGCUGAAGACUUCAACAGUGUUGGAUUGUGAAGCUGCCGAAACAUUGGCGCCGUCUGUGGGAAACUCGAACAAAAAAUUGUGUGACUUAACCUGCUGAAAGACAAAAUGGUCUGUACCUUUACAGGAGAUCGCCCUCCAAGAAAUGAAAUGGACGAACAGGAGGAUACUCACAUAUCUGAGCCCGGCCUGAAUGAUUUUAGACCAAUGCCGAGAAACCUUUUUGUAGGGGGAGCCGAACAGGAUCACCUAAGCGAAACAGAUGAUGAUGAAAGAACACCAACGGGGUAUGCAACCCAGCCUGAACAGUUUCAGAAAUCCAUUGACGAGCUGAAAAGCCCCAGGUCGCAUCAACAGACCUUGGAUUUGGAUAGUGCUCCGCUGAACCUGUCCAUCACAGCAGAACCAUAUCAAGAGGGAUUCAAAAUCCCCCACCUAGAGACAUAUGAUGGCACGAAAGACCCAGAUGAACAUUUACACACCUAUCAAGCCAUCAUGAGGAUUCAAAACGCCAAUGAUGCCAUGAUGUGCAAAGUGUUCCCGGCGACACUAAAAUCAACGGCCAGAAGAUGGUAUCACAAACUCCCCAGACAUUCAAUAGAUUCAUUUUCCCAGCUCGCCAAGCUGUUUUCUAACAAAUUUGCGAGCCAAAGGGAGAUCAAGCGCACAGCAACUGAACUGAUGCAAGUUAACCAGAAGGAAGGGGAGUCUUUGAGGGAUUACAUGCAGCGCUUCAAUAAAGCCACCUUGGACAUUGAUAAUGUCCCAGACACGAUUUGUCUGUCCGCCCUAUUGCAUGGGUUGAAGCGUGGCCGGUUCCUAGACGACCUGCUUGAAAACCCACCGAAGACGUGGAAUGAGGUGAAUGACAAGUCGGCUAGCUUUAUACUGUCAGAGGACUUUCAGUCGUCCAAGCGACGAGCUGAUGAUAAGCCGAGCAGAGGCCAGGAACAACAACCGAGAAGAGAAGAGAAGAAGAAGCAGAAGGUCGGUGAGCAAUGGGGGAAACCAGCUGAGUUCCCAAAAUAUGCCAGUUACAUUCCUUUGACCUUACCUAGGUCUCAAAUCCUGGCACAAAUUCAGCACUGGGUUAGGAGACCUCCACCCCCACUACAUGAUUCCCCGAGGGCAGAUAAGAGCAAGCAUUGCGACUACCACCGUGUAUAUGGUCACAAUACAGAGGACUGCCAACACUUGAAAGACGAGUUAGAGUUUUUGGCUCGUAACGGGAAGCUAGAAGGGUAUGUUCAGAAGCCUCACACCCAGCAACUCACUCAAACCCAUUUUGUACAGGCGUACGACCGACCUCAAGGACAGAGGAGAGGGCAGGGACCGAGAACUACCGCCCCGAAUCAAAAAGACAGGAAAGGGGUGGGUUAUGCUGGGAUACUCCCACCUUCUGGUACAAUAAACAUGAUAUCGGGUGGUGUUCACUCAGGGGGCCCGAGCGCCCGAGCUCGCAAGGCAUAUGCCCGACAGGUGAUGACCGUCAACAAAAACAAACCCUUGAAACGGCCGUUUAAGGAAGCAGAAUGGGAAAAUACGCCCAUCACAUUCAGCCCGGCAGAUUACAAGCGAGCAGAAGGAGAACCCGAUAUUAUGAUGCCCCAUGCCGAUCCCUUUGUGGCAACAGUUCAUAUAGGCAAUCAUAAUGUCAAUAAGGUGUUCAUUGACACUGGCAGUUCGCCAGAUAUCCUGUACUGGAGUUGCUUCCAGAAGAUGCAGCUAAAUCCAAGCUCGCUGCAGAAGCACGAAGGGCCAAUAUACGGGUUUGAUAACCAGCCCGUCCCGGUUGAGGGAGUUAUCACUCUUCCUAUAUAUGUGGGCUCAGAACCACGCUUCAGGAUGGCUUCCGUCACCUUCCUGGUCAUUAAGAUGGAAUCAGCUUUCAACGCUAUACUAGGAAGAGCCACCCUAUGCGAGCUGAAGGCUGUCAUCUCGCAACCCCACCUCUGCAUGAAAUUCCCAACUCCUCAGGGGGUAGGAGUGCUGAAGGGGAAUCAAAAGAUGGCUAGAGCCUGUUAUCAAGACACGUUCAAAAAGGUCGAGCUCGCCGCAACCCCCACGAGUGUUGAAGGUCGAAGGCCAACCCAGCUCGGUCAACAGACAAUGAGUAUAUCAGACAUUGAGCAUCGACCUGAGAGCGUUGAGCAGAAGGCAGAGCCAGUAGAGCCAGUGGAAACGGUGCCUUUAAACCCGGAUGUGCCAGAGAGAACAGUGAAGAUCGGCACUAAACUCACAAAAGAAGAGCGGGGAGGGCUUCUAGAAUUCCUAAGGACUAAUCAGGACGUAUUUGCGUGGACUACGGAUGAAAUGCCUGGCAUCCCGGCAGAAUUGACAGUCCACAAGCUCAGUACAGACCCCGCCAGAAGGCCGGUGGUGCAAAAGCGUCGCCUCUUUGGCCCUGAGAAGCAAGCUGCCAUUGACGAGGAGAUCCAAAAACUGUUACAGGCAGGCUUCAUCAGAAGAGUGGAAUACUCUGAAUGGGUCUCCAACCCUGUGCUGGUCAAAAAGCCAAACGGCAAAUGGAGGAUGUGCAUUGAUUUCACCAAUGUCAAUGACGCAUGUCCAAAAGACCCUCACCCGUUGCCAAACGUAGAAAAGUUAGUAGAACGGGCAGCCGGACAUGAAAGGAUGAGUUUUCUUGAUGCAAGCUCGGGUUACCACCAGGUCCAGUUGUUGCUAGACGACCAAGAAAAAAAAGCUUUUUACGCUGGCGACGCAAUUUACUGCUAUGUCAUGAUGCCGUUCGGCCUCAAGAAUGCUAGAGCAACAUACCAGAAGCUGGUGCAAAUCGUCUUUAAGCUCCAGAUCGGCAGGAACAUAGAAGUGUACGUAGAUGACAUGAUAGUCACCAGUGUGCGAGCUGAGGAUCACAUUGGCGACCUGGAUGAAACUUUUCAAAAUUUGCGCCGAGCACAAAUGAAGUUGAAUCCUUUGAAAUGCACAUUUGCUGUAGAGUCGGGAAAAUUCCUAGGAUACGUAGUAUCCAAGAAAGGAAUUGAGGUAAAUCUAGAAAAGGUUGCGGCCGUUCAGCAGAUGGAGCCACCAAGGACUGUCAAAGACGUGCAGCGUUUGACGGGCCGUGUCGCUGCGUUGCACAGGUUUAUAGCCAGAUCGGCAGAAAGGUGCCUUCCGUUUUUCAAAGCUCUGCGGGAGCCUAAGAACUUCCAGUGGACUAAUGAAUGUCAACAGGCAUUUGACGAGCUCAAACGAUAUUUGGCAUCCGCACCCUUGUUGUCCAAGCCUGUCGAUGGAGAAUGUUUAUACCUUUAUCUAGGGGUCACAGAAGAAGCAGUGAGUUCAGUACUACUGAGGGAAGAAAAUAAACAUCAGAAGCCUAUCUGCUACGUGAGCAAAGUGUUACAAGGCGCCGAGCAGAACUACCCGCUCGCAGAAAAGGCUGCUUUUGCUUUGGUUUGUACAGCUCGUAAGCUGAGAGUUUAUUUUCAGUCUCAUCAGAUUGUUGUUUAUACUGAUUUCCCGCUAAGGAAAAUAUUGCAGAAGCCAGAGCUCUCUGGUCGGCUCAUCGGAUGGAGUGUCGAACUGAGUGAGUAUGACCUUAAAUUUCAGCCGCGAACGGCUAUAAAAGGCCAAGCUGUGGCAGACUUCCUAGUUGAAUGUGCCCCGGCGGCUGUCAAAGAAAAGGUACCUGAAUACCCAGUUUGGGUUUUGUAUGUAGAUGGAGCCGCUAAUGUUGAAGGAUCAGGUGCUGGAGCUGUGUUACUGGGCCUUGAUGGCUUCAAGUCUGAGCACGCAUUAAGGUUUAAGUUUCAGACAACCAAUAACGCUGCAGAAUAUGAAGCCCUUAUAUAUGGACUGAAGCUGGCGGCCGAGCUGAAGGUACAAAGCAUUCAGGUCUUCAGCGACUCUCAGCUUGUUGUCCGCCAGGUGAAUGGCAGUUGCGACAUCAGGGAUCCCCAGCUCAGUCGUUAUGCCUCUUUGGACAUUAACCCUCAAAGAUCAACAAUCGUCGAGGUGCUCGACGCACCAAGUUACACUGAUUUCACAGUCGACUGUCAACUACUCAGUACAGAUCCCUCUACACCGAGCUGGACUACCCCACUCAUAAAUUAUCUACAAAGCGGCGAGCUGCCUGAAGAUAUGUCCAUUGCGAAAUUGAUUAAACGAAGGGCAGCACAUUUCACUUUGUUAGAUAACCAGCUCUACAAACGAGCAACCUCAAUGCCCCUAUUACGCUGCCUUACCCCUUACGAAGCUGAAUACGCUGUGAGAGAAGUUCACGAAGGAGUAUGUGGCAUGCAUAUCGGUGGCAGAACUUUAGCUCGGAAGCUCCUAAGGCAUGGCUAUUACUGGCCCACUAUGGUCGAGGACGCACAGAACUAUGUCAAAAAGUGCCCGACCUGCCAGUUCAAUGCUGAUGAUAUUCACAUGCCAGGGGAAAUGCUAUCAUCUCUUACGUCUCCCUGGCCUUUUGCUCAGUGGGGUGUCGACCUGCUCGGCCCUUUCACCAAAGGCAAAGGAGGCUGCACUUUCCUGGUCGUUGCAGUGGAUUACUUCACUAAAUGGAUCGAAGCUAAACCACUGUCCAUGACAACGGAAAGAAAAAUAGAAGAAUUCUUGUUCAAUUCAAUAUUGUGCAGGUUCGGCAUACCUAAGCGGAUUAUUGUCGACAAUGGGUCACAGUUCCGAGCAGCAGCACUGAGGUCGUUUUGUAACGAUUAUGGUAUUGAGCUCGCCUUGACAUCUGUGUACACUCCACAGUCCAAUGGGCAAGCUGAGUCCGCUAAUAAAAUCGUCUUGCGGGGACUCAAGACGCGUGUUUUAGCUGCACAUACUAAUUGGGUUGACGACCUCAAUAAAGUGCUGUGGUCAUGUCGUACUACACCCAGCUCGGCCACAGGCGAAACCCCUUUUAGCCUAGCCUAUGGAGCUGAGGCCGUCAUCCCAGUAGAAGUUGGAUUGCCAUCUGAUCGAGCAGGCGGGCAUGACGAUCUCAAUAAUGAACAAUUGCUGAGAGAAAACCUAGACUUCGUGGAAGAGGUCAAGGAGAUGUCUAGAAUAAAAAACAUGGCGCAUCAAAGUCGUGUUGCAAAAUUUUACAAUAAAAGAGUUCGAGCUCGCCAGUUUCAGGUCGGCGACCUGAUCCUACGUAAAGCUGGAUUAACUAACACCUAUUCGCACAUGGGCAAGCUCGCUCCUAAUUGGGAAGGCCCCUAUAUGGUUGUUCAAAUUAAACGACCUGGCUCUUACGUGUUAGCAGAUAUAUACGGGCGUCAGUUACCUUACCUUUGGAAUGUGCAGAAUCUUAGAAAGUUUUACAGUUAACGUGUGUAAGAUUAUUUCGCUUAAGGUGUUAUCCAACAGUUGUAAACAAAGAUAUACAGAAAGUGCAACAAAGAUUCAAAAGAAAAGUCAUUUUUGUAUUGGUUAAAUGCUUAAUUUGGUCCCUCAACUUUAGUGAGUUGCACAUUUUUGGUCCCUCAACAAUUUUUUGCACUUUUUUGUUCCCUCAACUCUAAGAAAUGCACUCCGUUAGU